AUGCUUGGACCCCCUGUCAACCUGCCCAAGUGGCUAGAGGAGAACUCUCACCUUCUCAAACCCCCAAUCAACAACUACUGCGUCUACAAUGAGGACUUCACCGUUAUGAUCGUCGGCGGUCCCAACGCCCGAACAGACUACCACAUCAACCAGACCCCCGAAUGGUUCUACCAGUACAAGGGCGCCAUGAUGCUCAAGGUCGUCGACGAGGGCGUCUUCAAGGACGUCAUCAUCCGCGAGGGCGACAUGUUCCUGCUCCCCGGCAACACCCCGCACAACCCCGUCCGCUUCGCCGACACGGUCGGCGUCGUGCUCGAGCAGCGACGACCGGAAGGCUCCAUCGAUCGCAUGCGCUGGUACUGCGAGUCUUGCCGCGAGGUCGUCCACGAGGCGGCCUUCCACUGCACCGACCUCGGCACGCAGAUCAAGGCUGCUGUCGAGGCGUUCAAGGCCGACGAGGGGGCGAGGACGUGUAAGAAGUGCGGCGUUGUCGCCGAGGCGGCGCCGAAGCCUGGGUCGAUUAAGGAUCCUAACCUGGAUGUGAUCUUUCAGGUUUGGGUAUUUGUUAUGAUCCAGGCUGAGAUGUUCACACCUCGGCCCAUUUUUUAUAUGAGACCCAACAUGACUUUUCUGUAA